AAAAAGUGUCAAGUUGAAUGGAAACUGGGGGACACAAAUCAGUUUAUCUUACGUUUAGAGGUAUCAAUUCAAUCAGUUUAGUACAUACCUCAGAUAAAUCCGAGACUCAUAAUAAUCUCUUCGAACAGUUUCCUCCUGUCAGUCUGGUGAUUCUUCCGUAGUGAUGCCUUCAAUAUGAAAUUCAAAUGUUACAAUUCUGAUCGACACACCUCUGAAUUAGUCUAUUCAAAAUUCGUGUUCAUUGUUCAUUAUGCCCUAUUGUUGUUCAUUUUGUUGAUGUUCGAUUUUCCUGAACAAUCUUUUGUAACUUAGUUUAGAAUAGACGACUUCUAGUGCCUUUCGGGAGUGAAUUAUUCGUAAAAAAUCCAGAAAGCCGUCACAUUUCUGCACUAUUGAGCAAUUGGUAUUUUGGAUUCAGUUGGAAAUUUUGAUGAUUGCUUCAGGAGAUGAUGUCCACAAAGAAUUUCGUUAUAGUACUCCUAGUAUUCUGUGUGUAUCUUCUUCUCGGUGCAAUGAUUUUUUAUGGUACAGAGUCAGCAGAAGAAAGAAAAAGGAUCGUACAUGAAGAAGAACAAAGGAAGCUAGUCAAAGAAGUAAUCAAACAAUAUCAGCAAAAUAAGGAGAAUAAAGAAGAAUUAUUCGAAGCAUUAGAAGUCUAUUGUGGAAAACCAAUCAAGAAUGUUAUCACCAAAGUGGAUCCGAAAUGGGAUUUCUACCAUUCCCUUUUCUUCGUUGUGACUGUGGUCAGUACUAUUGGUUAUGGAAACCUAGCUCCCACUACGAUGUUUGGAAGAAUUUUCAUGAUAUUUUAUGCCCUUGUUGGUAUACCCAUAAAUGGAUUUAUAAUGAUAGCUUUGGGUGACUUUUUCGGAAAAUCAUUCACGAAACUAUACAACAGAUGGAAAGAUUCCAAGAGAGUAAGGCAGGUUGAUCCAUCCAGGCUUGGACUUGUAGCUCAAAUAAUACUUUAUCUAGUGCCUGGUUUCACAUUCUUCAUAUUCGUACCAUCUAUAGUUAUUUCUGCUUUUGAAGGAUGGAGUUACUACGAAGCUGUUUAUUUUUCCUUCGUUACUUUAACUACAAUAGGAUUUGGAGAUUAUGUUGCAGGUGAAGCUCAAGGGGAUCUAGGAUACCUGUACUACAAUUUUUACCAAGUGUUUCUCUUAGUAUGGAUCAUAGGAGGCUUGGGAUACGUUGUAAUGAUCCUCAAUUUUAUUGGUAAAGGUAUGCGAAGCAAAAAACUGCAGGAGUUAGAACAUAAGAUCGCCUACAACAUAAUGAAAACUCCUACGAGGAUAAGACAGGAACUGAGAUCAAUUCUUGCAGAAUUCCUCAUGGUACGAGUCAAGAAAGUAUAUAAAGAGUUCGAUUAUGAGCCCCAAAAACUCGUGAGAAGUCAGAGCUGCCCUACCUUAACCGUGUAUAGCCCUUCAGGAUAUCUAAAUAAUCUAGAUAGAAAAAGGGCUUUCUCAGAAUGUCAAGAUACUUUCAUACUGCAGAGGAUUCAGAGCGAUACGGAUCUGGAAAGGAUAGAUAAGGAACUGACGUUCCAGGGUACAGACCAACAAACAGAUCUGAUUAUUAAGGUUGUUGAUGCCUUGAGCACGCACGAUUAUGUUGACUCAGAACCUGGAUGUUAUGAGGGAUUUUCAGAGAGGGAAAUAUUAGCAAGUGAACAAUACGAUUCAGAGUGGUCCUUGGCGAGUCAAAGAGCAGCACUUCCUCCAUUUAGACAUAGAGCAGCUAGUGACGUACGAUAUCCGUCGCACCCAAGAUUGCAGAAUGAAAAUGAACAUACUUGGUAUGGGCAAACAUACCUAGCAAGGUAUGCAAAACUUAUUAAAGACGAUAAGUCGACAUCUGAACCCAACAACGAGGUCCAAAAAGACGUUCCAGGUUUCUUCAAGCGAAUCAAGAACACAAUUCUAUCGAAAGAUAGAAAUGAUGACGUGGAAAAAGGUAACGAACAAUCCAGACCAACACAAGAAGAUAGAAAUCGCGAGCUCUCACUUGCUGAAAAUGAGCAUAAACAAAUCCUGGAGAAGACUUCCGUAGCAGAUUUACUUCGGGCACUGACUGCUUUGUCGGACUCAACCUCUGGAUCCAGUCAACAAGAUGGAAAUAAGCGUGUUAGGCGAAUGCCCAUAAGAUCUAACUUCCAAAAUAGGAGAACCUCACUUAUGCCAAAUAUCCAACCUGCCACAACUAAUUACAAAAUGAACAGAAGAUCUUCUUUGAUACCCAUAUCUGAUUACUCUAGAUUUUCUACCUCAGCUUUGCCAUAUCCUGGACCAAGGAGAUCGUCCUUAGCGCCAGUUUCGGAGUUGCCACCACCUUAUCAUCAGGUUACACAACAGGAUGCGCCGUUGCCCUUGAAUCCUUCCAAGAUAAGAAGGUUUUCUGUGCGACCAGUUGCAAAUUCGAAUACAUCGUCUCAAAGAUUUUCAAAGAAAGGAGAGGAACCCUCAUGAAAACAAAUGAUAUCUCAUAUCUUAUACUAUUUAUUAUGAUAAAAUUUUUUAUCUGUUGAAUAAUUAUUAAGUAAAUUAUUUAUUUAAACCUGUAUCAGGUGACGAUUCAUAAAGAUAAUAAAUUCGUUGACGUGAAAAACUUGAUGAUGAAAAAUUCA